AAUCUAUGUCAGUGUCAUGUGUUAACCAGGUUAACCUGUCUAUUUUUGUUACAAUUUUAAUUUGAACGAAAAAAUUUUUGCGUGUUUUUCCUAUAUUUAAGAUAAUCACUCUACUUUUUCUCUGAAAAUCUCUCAGAAUCUCUGUAGAUUGACGACAGCUUGGUCGAAUUGAGUUCAUCUUUGCAAAAAGUUGAUGAUUCCUGAUCAAUAAGAUUGUUUUCUCACCCAUCUGAUCUAUUUCUCAACAAGUUGAGAAUGUACUGAUAAGAAAUCAUUUAUAGAUUAACAAAUAAUUGCAAGAAGCAGAUCUGCACAUCUGAGCGCUUUCUAAAUUCUAUUAAGAAUCAAGAACUUCAUUAUACCUUCGUUUUAUUGGCUUCAUUAACAUGGAUGCCAAAGAACAAGAUAUUGCUUCGAAAGCAAGCUGCUGCAAUGGUUCCGAUGAGAUAGGAGAGAGUCUUAAGGCAGAUGAGAUUCCAUCUAUGCCAUGGUUUGGCAUGGACAUAGGUGGAUCUCUCUGCAAGCUGGUCUACUUCGAGCCGAAGGAUAGCACGAAGGCAGAAUUAGAAUCUGAAGUGGAUUCGGUCAGGAAUAUAAGGAAAUAUUUGACGAAGAACUCGGCGUAUGGUAAAACUGGACAUCGUGAUGUGCACCUUCAAAUGAACGAUAUUUUUAUCAGGGGAAGAAGAGGCACCCUUCAUUUCAUCAGGUUCCCAACCAGCGAAAUGAAAAACUUUUUGUCUCUGGCCAAAUCCAAAGGGCUGGCAAACUUCGUGACAACUGUUUGCGCCACCGGUGGAGGCGCAUAUAAAUUCGAGAACGAUUUUCAGAGGGAGGUGAACAUGAAGUUGGCUAAAUACGACGAGUUUGAUUCCUUGCUGAAAGGCUUGCAGUUUGUAGACAGCUACAAUCACACUGAAUGCUACUACUGGAGUAAUCCAACAGACGAGACCUUGUGUAAAAAGGAGAGAUACGAUUUCUCCAAUCCUUAUCCUUUUCUGAUAGUUAAUAUAGGUUCAGGAGUCAGCGUUUUAUCUGUGAACUCACCGACUAAUUACAAAAGGAUAUCAGGUACAAGUUUAGGUGGAGGUACUUUCCUAGGUCUCUGCUGUCUCUUGACCGGCUGUAAUACAUUUGAGGAGGCCAUCGAAUUGGCAGCCAGCGGAGACAAUACAAAUGUAGACAAGUUGGUUCGUGACAUCUAUGGAGGUGACUAUUCCAGGUUUGGUCUCAACGGAGACUUGGUAGCAAGCAGCUUUGGGCACAUGAAUUCUCGAGAGAAGAGAAGUAAAGUGAAGAGAGAAGAUUUGGCCAGGGCCACCUUAGUGACAAUAACCAAUAACAUUGGUUCUAUUGCGCGUAUGUGCGCUAUACAAGAAAAAAUUGAUAGGGUGGUAUUUAUUGGUAAUUUUCUGAGAGUCAACCCGAUUGCAAUGAAACUAUUGGCUUAUGCGAUGGACUAUUGGUCCAAAGGAACGAUGAAGGCUCUAUUUUUGGAGCACGAAGGCUAUUUCGGAGCAAUUGGAUGUUUGUUGCAGUAUCAUCAAGCGCACGAUAGAAUAAUAAAUUAAUUGAUAAGUUAAGUGAAAACUAUUUAUGAAUCGAUAUGAUAACUCCUUAGGUAUGUGAAAUUUACACUUUAUACGAAAUUGCAUCGGAUCUGACAAGAAGAUAGAAAAAGAAUAAUUUUUCAUGUUAUACGUAUAGUUUCAAUUAAGCAUAUCAGUUUUGAACAAGUUUCGGCAAGUGUACUUAUGAGUUUUGAAGAACUUUGAGUGGUUAAUGAAUUGAAGAGUGAAUAAAAACAAAUUUAAAUGUUCAAUUUGAUGGUGCAUAUGUUAUUUAUGUGGAGUCAUUUUUGUUAUUUGAUUGAUGCUUACCUCAUUAGAAAUAGAACGAAUAUUUCAGGGAGAAAUAAAUGUACGCUCAAAUCGUUCAAUAUUCUUGACAUUUCCGAUGGCCGAUGAAAAAAAAUCGCAGCAAAGCAUUUUUACACAUAUUAAUAAUUGUAAUGUAUUGUAUUACCAUCUUCCAUCUUUACGAAGGUUUUAUAUUGAGAUAUUUAGGAUUAAGAUUGUAAGAAUGUUUUUUAUCAUCUGAAUAUAUUUAUAUAAGAUGUUA